AAUAGAUGGAACCAAUACCGAGUCUGCUAAACCGAUGAUAUGGUGAUUUUACAAAUUAUAACUUAGGGUUUACGGUUAGGCUUAUAUAAAUAGAUAGAAACAGUUCGAGUUAUCGAAAUGGCAUAAAACCUCUUUCAUUUUCUCCGAGAGAAUAUAGAGAAAAAGCAAGUUUAAAGAAUCUCUCUGACGACGGUUACGACCAUGGCGGCGGCGAAUCAACAACGACAACAAGAAGAAGCUGUUUCAGAUGACUUUGACUACGAGACCUGGGCUCCAUCCAUGAAAACUACACUAACCGAGAAAGGACUCUGGGAUGUCGUCGAGAACGGAGUCCCGCCUGAUCCAUCUAAGAUUCUAGAGUUGGCGGUGAAGAUUCGACCCGAAGAGCUUUCAAAAUGGAGAGAUCUCGUCGUGAAAGACACGAAAGCGCUUCAGAUUUUGCAGUCUUCUCUCACGGAAUCUGUUUUCAGAAAGACUCUCUCUGCUUCUUCGGCCAAAGAUGUUUGGGAUCUGCUUCGAAAAGGUAACGAACAAGCGAGGAUACGUAGGUUAGAGAAGCAAUUCGAACAAGUUAAGAAAGAUGAAAAAGAAUCGCUAGAUUGCUACAUUGAUAGGGUUUCUGAGAUCGCUGAUCAGUUGCGUGUUUUGAAAAUUGAGAAAUCCGAUUACCAGAUUUGCCAGAAGGUGUUCCCCUCGCUCUUAGAGUCGUACGAUGGUGAAGAAUCGAUGUUGGAUGAGCUCAUGAACGUGCAUCACAUGAGUGCUGCGAGUCUUGUUCAGUAUUUUUAUGAAAAUAGAUAUGAUUUUGGAUCAGUGAACGAGGAAGUUCUCCUUGAACUAUUGACCAACCUUAGGCUUAAACCAACGUCUGAGAAGUGGUGUGACGUGUGCUACAAGAUUGAUCACAACCAAGAAGACUGCAGCAGGAUGUUUCAGGAACAAGUUGUACAAGUUAAAGUUGAUUUUGAACUGGCAACGCCUGUGAGGUUAAAUGAAAAGACAUAUGAUGAGGAUAUUUGGAUGGUCUACGGGGCUGCCACAAGUCACAUGACUCCGUAUGAGAAGUAUUUCACCACUCUGGAUAGAAGUUUCAAAGCUACUGUGGGAUUGGUCGAUGGAAGACUUCUUAUGGUCGAGGGGAGAGGAAGUGUAAAGAUCAGGAUGAAGGGAGGGAAGAUGAAGACGAUCCAGAAUGUGAUUUUUGUUCCUGGGCUCAACAGGAACGUGUUUAGUCUUGAGAAGAUGAUAUCAAGAGGCUACAGAUUCAAAGAGGUACGUAAAGGCGAAUACAUUUUCUGCGAUCGGACUGAGGCUGAAUUUGGGGAAACUAUGUGGGAGUCGGAUGAUCAAGUAUUGGCUAUGCGUUUGAAGGUGGUUGAAGGUAAUCUCACCUCUUAAAUUUGGUGGAGACGACUUUUACUCGUGAGGUGGGAUCGCAUUUGUCUUUAUGUGAUUUGCAUACUAUGUUGCUAUUAUGAAUUGUUCUUGUGGUG